CAGGUGUGUGUUGUGAUGGAUCUGAAGGAGAAAGUGGCUGUGGUGACCGGAGCAGCUCAGGGUUUGGGCAGAAGCUUUGUCGAAAUACUCCUAAAAAACGGGGCAAAGGUGGCUUUAAUCGAUGUGAAUACAUCGCUGGGAAAUGAACUGAAGAGCACACUUGAUCAGGAGUAUGGACGGGGAAGGACUGAAUUUUACUCAGCCGACGUCACAUCAGAGGAAGAUUUUAAAGGAGUUUUGGAAAAAAUUGUUAAAACAUUUGGCCGCAUAGACAUUUUGUGCAACAACGCAGGAAUCAUCAAUGAAAGGAACUGGGAAAAAACUAUUGCAAUCAACCUGGGUGGAGUGGUCAGAGGAACGUAUCUCGCUCUAGAACAUAUGAAGAAGGAAAAUGGUGGGAAUGGAGGAGUCAUUGUCAAUGUUUCAUCUAUGGCAGGUUUGGGGCCUUUCCCGAUGGCACCCAUCUACACUGCAACCAAACACGGUGUGGUGGGAUUCAGCCGUGCCAUGGCAGCUGUUUCCAAGCUGUCUAACUAUGGGGUGAGGAUCAACAUUCUCUGUCCGUGGUUUGUGAAGACCAAUCUUCUGUCCACCAUGAGUUCAGAAGAGCAUAUCGGAAGUUUCUUACCACUGAAGGGAAUUACAGAGACAAUGAUGCAGAAGCACGGCUGUCUGGAGGCUGAUGUUGUUGCCAAGGCUUUUCUUGUUCUCGUGAAAGAUGAGAGCAAGAAUGGAGAUGUUCUGAUGAUUGAUCCUGAUGACGCAGUUUUUGUUUCCUUUCCUGAACGAGCCAAAGACUUCCCAUCUACUCCAGUCAGUCUCGAGUGACCUUUCAGCUUGGCUCUCAGUGUUUCAUUCAUCAUCUUAAAACUCAACCAAACCCUGAAGAUCUACACACGACGUAAACCUGAGCGCUUCCAUUUAGAAAGGUUUUAUAUGAAGAUAAUUUCACUAAAUCAGCUAGCAAAAAGAUUAGUGAAAAUCUAAAAUGUAAGAUUUAUUCUGUGGUGCUUCUUUGUAAUUUCAUGUCUGUUACUGAUUUGAGAAUAUUCCAAAUCCAGAAAAUCUGAGACUCAGUACAAGAGUCAGAACAAGAGUCAGAACGUCACAAAUUAGGGAACUAGAAAUAAUG